GUCAUUGAAUGCAUAGAAUGAUCGCUGGCGCCAUAAAUCGACAUGUCUAGCUGUCACCUUCGACAUGUUCGGCUUUCACAGGAUCCUGAUAAUCCUUACUACUAUAGUAAGGGCCGCCCUUGGUCCAUCUCCGGCGGGGUCAAAGGGCCUAAGAGCUCUAAUUCAGGAAGGGGCGAAAUUCGUUGCUGGACUGGCCGCUUCUAAGCCGGGGUCUAUUAGGAGUCCACCCCUCCGACAUACGACCUUUUUCAUGUCAGAAUUGUUAUCGGCCGAGUGUAAUCUAGGAGACACAAUUAUCGUAAGUCAUCAAUAUAUGUCAACUUUGUAUCAAAAGUUAUCUCGAGUGUGCCUCGACUAUCACCGCACUCAUCAGAUACAUCAAACUCAAACUUCUCGAGCGUCAAUGACAUCACCCCCCAUGGUCAUUUGGCAGUAACUUACAUUAGCAGUAGCUUGCUCGCGGCACUGCAUGUGAAGUGUUUCGUGCUUAUCCCCUCACAAUAUAUCUAUGGUCACACUAGUCGUCUCCAAACUCGUUGCGCUACAAUCGAGUUCGCUUGACACGGGACAAUAUGACU